AUGACUGCCUUGUCCCCCACCGCUCAGAAUCCCAUUCAAUCCACGGCCAUUGAUAUAACCGGCAAGAUCAUGGUUGUUAUCAUUAUUAUUCUCUUCUUGUUUGUUGUUACUUUUCUUUUCUUCCAUCUUUUCGCCAAGGGAUUUUGGUGGUCCCAUGAUACUCACGCAGACAACGAUCCCCAAUCCCGCCGCCGCCGCCGUGGUCAACAGGGUGGCGUUGUUGGAGAAGGAGGUCUUGAUCCUUUGGUACUCGAGUCCCUGGGCGUAUCGGUAUUCAAUAGGGAAAAAGAUGGUUUGGAUUUGGAGUGUUCAGUUUGUCUAUCGGAACUAGUGGAAGGAGAAAAAGUGAGGGUUUUGCCAAAAUGCAAUCACAGGUUUCACAUAGAUUGUAUUGAUAUGUGGUUCCAAUCUCAUUCAACCUGCCCUCUUUGCAGAACAACACUUGCUGCUACUCCUUCUCCUUCCCUAAUACUUGAAAUAGAACCUUCGUCUCCCGCUGCUUUUCCCACUAAUGUUUUGAUUUGGGGAAAUCACAACCAAACCAUCUCCUCUACUACUAGUUCAGAACAAAACACUGAGGGAAUGUUGAGGAUUGAUAUACCCAAUGACACUGAGUGCGAGGCUACUAGUUCAUCAUCGUCAGAAGGAGGGAGAUUAAGGUCGUUGAAGAGGCUUUUAAGCAACAGCAGACUAAAUCCAUGGAGUCCAACUGCUGCUGCUACAUCUCUCCAACAACAAAUAAAAGCAAAGGAAUCAGCAGCACAACACAGCUGA